AUGAGUACGACCAGGUGUGAAAAUUAUUCAUUCCCUUGGAUUUUCAAGGACUAUCAAAAACGCACCGGACUUGACAAAAUUAUCAAGCUCUACCAAUCAUUAAACCUUAGCUCCGAACAAUUCGAUUUCAAGUUAUCAUGGAACCUUUCUCCACUUCAGUCUUCAAGGUUCUCACUUGAAUAUUUGCUACUACCACCAAGAUCUGCACUAGAGACUGUUCCACUCAACAUCACUGUCAAAGCUUCUAUACAAUCUCCACGCCUGCCUACUCGUUAAUGAAUCACUAAAAUCAUUAACGGUGGGGUAUGGGUAAUACGCUUAAGCGCCAUCCAUUUUCAGGGCUAGUUCAUUCGGCAGGUGAGUUGUUACA